UAAUAAACAGGGAAUUCCCCAUUUUGACUGCUACGCCUUAAGGUUUGUCAUUUAACAGUUAGAAUCUGAAGUGAAUAGAAAUAUGGGGAAGGUAAAAGUAGUAACGACCGAGGAAUCGUAUAUUCGUAGCUUGCCAUUUUCUGCGUUUAGAGAACUAUUUAAACUUCUUGACCCAGGAAAGGAAUGGGAAAAAUUGGCUGUGUUUAUUCCAAAAAGGUUGGAUAUGACAGAUGAAGAUUUUGAACCACGAUAUUCCUACCAAGCCAUAAUCCUGUAUGCUAACAGAGGGAAUAAACCUAAUGGCAGUGCGACCGAGGCCCUUCUAGCAGACUGGGCAACCCAAAAUGCUAGAAUUAAACAUCUUAUUGCAGCUCUAGUGAAAGCUAAAUUGUAUGCAGCAGCUGAUUAUCUGUCAGUGAAAAUAUUGAAUAAAGAACCAGUUCCUAGACCAUCUGUCACCCAAGAAGUAAAUUCUAAUGGCUUGAAUAAUCUGGGAACAGAUAUAGACCUACCAUUUCCACUUACAGGUGGUGGUCAACUCUUAAAACCCUAUCAAAGACACCCAUCCUCACAACCAGAAGAACACAAGGAAGAAGGAUAUGACGAGCAAGAUUCUAGAACAGAAGUGAUUGAUAGAAUGGAAUCUGCAGCAGGAAGUGUAGAGGCACAACAUCUAUUUUACGAAAGCUCAAAGAUCUCUGAAGGUGUAAUGGCAGAAUGUGAUAUGGUUGAAAUUCAAAAAAUAGAACAAGCUUCUGAAUCAAUUGAGAGCAUGUUAACUAGUUCUAAGGUUUUUAUACAGAAUAUGAAAUAUGGCAUGUUGAAAAUGAUUACAAAUGGUUUUGAUGAGACUGAUCUUGCACAAAAGGGUCGUUUGAUUGGUAGAGGAGGUUUCGGAACAGUUUUCUUAGGAAAGUUCAAAAAUGGUUUUCAGAUUGCCGUAAAAUGUUUGAAAGAUGAUGAUAAGACUAUGGAUAUCGAUAAACAGUUUGAAAAUGAACUGCGUUGCCUUUCUGAAUAUCGUCACAUAAAUCUUGUUCAUCUAUUGGGCUUUUCUAAUGAUGGUCCGUGUAAAUGUAUAAUAUAUCAGUAUAUAUCCAACGGUUCUUUAGAAGAUAGAAUUAUGUGUAAAGAUAACACACCUCCAUUACCGGCUUGGGUCCGUGUUACGGUUGCUGAGGGUACAGCAGAAGGAAUUGCAUUUCUCAACGCUAGAGAUAUGGUUCACAGAGAUAUUAAAAGUGCUAAUGUUUUGUUAGAUUCAGAUUUUGUGCCUAAAGUAGCAGAUUUUGCUACAGUGCGCUCUGCGCCAAAAGGAAGUGGUGUGAGCGCAGUUCAGUCAACUAGUGUUGUUAUUGGAACAUCAGCUUAUCUAGCUCCAGAGGCCAUUCAAGGUGACGUUUCCACUAAAUUAGAUAGUUUUAGUUUUGGUGUGGUUUUAUUAGAACUGUUGACAGGGCUUCAAGCUUUUGAUAACGAAAGGGAAGAAAAGGACAUUAAAUCAUAUAUGGAUGAUAAUUGUGAGGAUAUAUUUAAGAUGCUUGAUCCUAGUGCUGGUGAAUGGGACGAAAAGGCUGUAAUUAAAUUGUAUGAUGUGGCAUCACGAUGUGUAGAGCACAAAAAGAAGAAAAGACCAACAGUUGGAGAUGUUUUAGGGGACUUGAGAAGUCUGUCUGAUUCUUUAAAGUCUGGAGAUUAAUGGAGCAUCAUACGCAGUGGCAUACAUGGUAUAGUUGCAAGCCUUAUGGCCUUAAUACCAAAAUGUCACACCUACUUAUAACAAUAAUUGUUAGAUAUGAAUAAAAGUUAUAUUCGAUUCCACAUAUUUUCUCCAUUAAUCUUGUUCUGUAAAUAAAAAUGACUGAUGCAGAUUGACUAGGUCUCAUCAAAAGCUGUCAUAAACGACUUUAUAGAAUAUAUUGUUAUAUAUUAGUUUUAAAGAUACUUUCCCAGAAAAGUAUUUAUCAGGUGGUUAUUUUCAAUAAAAGUAUAUCAAAUUU